AUGCAUUUUGGACCCGCAGCUCAGAGGCCCGCGCGGCUUGGAGGGACCCAGGUCCCGAGCUUCACAGCCAGCUCUGGGCCAAGGCGCUCCUAUACGCUGGAUGCGGGUUGGACACGCGCCGGGAGGGGAUGCGGACGGUGCCGCGGCCAGGACCCCACAAACGCCCCCACGCGGACGACUAGGGCCCAGACGCCCACAAAGAAGUCAGGGCCCGAAAGCAGGGAGCGGCCGGGAGGAGCAGGGAGGCCCAAACCGUGGGAGCUGUCCCUGGAGGAGGUGCUGAAGGGUUACGAGCAGCCGCUCAACAAGGAGCCGGCUUGGGCCACGUGCUUCCAGGACUGCAGCGGGCUGCUGGGCGAGCCGGGCCGGCGCCUGCGGGACACCGGGGACCUCCUGCUGCGCGGGGACCGCUCGGUAGGGGUGCGGGAGCUCGAGGCCGCGGAACGUGCAACCAUGGUGGUGCCACUAGUCAGUUCGGAAGCCCAGACCGUGCAGUCCCUCUUCGCCAUCUACUGCGCGCUGGACUGGAGGCUGGACGACAGCCAGGAGCGCGAACUCAGCCCGCCGGAGCGGCUUAUCGACCUCAUGGCCAACAACGACUGCGAGGACAGCGAGGACAGCGGCUGCGGUGCAGCCGACGAGGGCUACGGGGGUCCCGAGGAGGAGGAAGAGGCCAAGGGCAUCCCCCACAACGUCCGCACCUUCGCCAGGCCCUGCGGCUGUGCGCCGAGGCUGACCGACCCCCGGGGCGCGCAGGUGCAUUACCAGGCCUUGCGCCGGGCGCUCUUCUUGGAGACGCUGGAGCUGCGGGCCUUCCUCGUCAGGGUCCGCGAGGCCAAGUGGAUGCUGCAGAAGCUUCAGGAGGACGAGCUGCAGGUGGAGAUGCCGCAGGCCGAGCUUGACAGCCUGGAUCACACAGACUGGGCCCGAUUGUGGGUUGAGCUCAUGCGGGAGCUCCGUCACGGAGUGAAGCUGAAGAAGGUGCAGAAGCAGGAGUUCAACUCCCUCCCCACCGAGUUCCAGCUCACGCCCUUCGAGAUGCUGAUGCAGGACGUCUGGGCCCGGAACUACAAACUGCACAAGGUCAUGGUGGAUGGGGACAUCCAGCCCCGGGUGAAGAAGGACGCUCACCAGCUCAUCCUGGACUUCAUCCGCACAUGGCCUCCACUGAAGCAGGUCUCCGAGAGAUUGCUGCACCCGUUGCCGCAGAAACAGAGGUCCCUGCACGAGAAGAUCCUGGAGGAGAUCAAGCAGGAGCAGAGGCUGCCCCAGGACAGCAGUCCCGCCCUGCAGCUGGGGGAUCUUGGCCAGCCAUGCUGUGUCCUUCCACUUCCCCUAGGUCACUCAAAGGUGUCUUCCAAAAAGCUGGUAAUAACGAAGCCGUACUCCACUACCACGGUGGCCUCAGUGAGCACCAUCCAUGAGGUUUUAAGAAGAUACAGCGUGUACUCCACCAGGCAUGGGAAGCGUCGCGGCUUCUGGGCAAAGAAGCAGGUGUACCCACAGGAAGAGUUCUUCAAUAACAGAAUUCCCAACUUCCCUGAGAGACUAGAGGAGAUUCGGCCCACUCUUGAAGCCUCUGAGGGGUCGCCAGCUCAUGACGGCAGAGGAGAUGCAGAGAGGCUGGUCGACGUGUGGGUGCAGCCAGUGGUCCCUCUGAGGUGUGACUCUAGUCCCCUUGAGGAUGCUGACGAAGACAUCCCUUAUGAAGAUGCUGUGGAAGAUAUCACCAACGAAGAAGUUGUGGAAGACAUUACUAACAACGAGUGGGUUCUAGAAGACAUCACUAGCGAGGACGAAGUGGAAGAUCUUGUAGAAGGCAGCACUAAUAAAGACGCCAGAGAAGAUAUCUCUAAAAAACAAGACGCCCACACGCCAUAUGUCAUGGAGACUGAUUUGGUUCUUGAGAGCCUGUCCGAGGACGACUUUUCAGGUAGGUAAAACUACAUUCCACAUAGGAUCCAAUGGGAGAGGGUUCACAGGGACUUUAGGGUAUCCAUGCUGCCUGGGAGGCUGAGGGAGGGGGCAUGAAAUCAAAAAGAAAAAGGAAAUAUGUGUAAAAUUGGGUUUGGUCUUUUCUAAGUUGAUUGCCAUAAUAGUAAAAACUGGCUCUUUGGGCUGCGAGGGUGCUGUGUUAUUUAAAGGGGAUCUUUCCCAAAACACCUGGCCUUUCCCUUCCUGUCUCUGCCAAACACCACAGUCUUUGGGUUGGGUUAGUCAGCACUCCCUGGGCUUGUGCAAAAGAGGUUUGGGGUUGGAUCAAGUGCCACCCAUGGUGAACAGAAUCUGAGGGACACAACCCUCUCACAGGGACUGACUUGAACCUGGAGACAAAGUUCUCCUGGUGUGUGCCCAGGGGUACAGGAUAAAUUGACAGUCAUCCUCUGAACUUUUAGGACUUUAAAAAGCAGUCACGUUUCCAUCUUCACUGUU